UCGUGUUUACUACUAGUGGCUAAAAUAUAGCACCGAAAAGCUACCCUAAUAUAGCUGCUGCCCGUGAGAAACGGCGGAAAAUUCCGUGCGUCUAGCAGAGAUUCAUCACACUGCUAACGCAGUCUCUCGCUGCCCAACGCAAGCAAUGACAAUGGGAGAUGAUGCGCCCGUCGUAACAUCCCUGGUGCUUCCGAUUCUGAUACGGCCAAUAUUGUCCCAGCUGGAACGGCGCGAUGUAGUCGCAUCGCAGGCGCUGCGUGCAGCAUUGACAAAAGCCGAACAGAGCCACCCGGGAUUGACGUACGAUCUCGUGAUGGGAAUCAUCAAAAAGGGUGAUAUCAACGUUAAUAUGAACGAGAGCAUCCUCAGACUGCAGGGAGCGGCCACAGACACUGAUCUGAUUGAGUAUCGACUAAAUCGAACGGAGGAUGCCUUCCAGGAGUUGAACAAAAAAUCGGCCGCACUUAAACGGAUUUUAAGCCGAAUUCCGGAUGAGAUAGCGGAUCGGAAAACAUUCCUGGAAACCAUAAAAGAAAUAGCCAGUGCCAUUAAAAAGCUGCUCGAUGCAGUCAAUGAAGUGGUUGGCUUUAUACCCGGAUCUUCCGGCAAGCAAGCGGUAGAGCAGCGGAAAAAAGAAUUCGUAAAGUAUUCCAAAAAGUUCAGCACCACUUUGAAGGAAUAUUUUAAGGAAGGAGAAGCUAAUGCCGUUUUUGUUAGUGCACUGUACCUGAUACACCAAACGAACCAGAUUAUGAUCACGGUGAAGAACAAAUGCGAGUAACUAGCAGCAGGUUGAAUCGCAUCAUUCGUGGAUAUCAUUCGACUCCCAUAGCUGCGGAUGAGUGCGACCUCAUGAGUAUUUAAUGAUAGAAGUUUGUUAUUUUGUUUUUUUUUCUUUCCAUUCAAUUGUUUCUCAACAACAAAGGUGUUUUUUUGUUCGAUUCCAUGUUCAUUCCGUCGCAUGUGGUACAUUCUUCACGUGGACGAAAAGUUUUUGUUCAAAUCGUUGCGCAGAGUACGUCGUUAUUAUUCAAGCACUACGAUUGUGGCUUGUUUCCUAACUAUCGCAGAAGUUAUAAAUUGAUACGGAUAUUUACAUUGCAAUAGAACCCAAGGUAUUGAAGAUGCGAUACGCAGGAUAAAACAAUUUAUUAUGAGACUUAAGGGAGAAAAGAAAAAUAGGGUUAAUAUUAUGAUUAUUUUUAUUAUGUUUACUAUGACUUCUUCAGAGAGGUACAGCGCACUACUGGCAACGGUAUAGAGAAAUAUAAAGGGAAGAGGAAAUCCUGUAUUAGAAAAGCUAGCCAAGUUCAACAGAAGUCGUCUAUAUAUACACACACAAACACAAUACAUUAAAUGUUGUCGUCUAAUAGAGAAGGUCGCAAUUGUAAAACUAUGAUAAUGUUAUUAUUUCUUUUUACUGUAACAAGAGAAAAAAUGAGACGUGAAAAAACUUAAUAAA